AUGAAUAGAGCAUUACUAUUAAAAUGGGAGUGGAGGAUUCUAAGGGAGAAAAAUGCUAUUUGGAGUAGAUUUCUAGAGGUGAGGUAUCAUAAUCCUAAAUUGAUUGUUCAAGUGUCUAGUGGAGGUGGUUUAAACAAAGACGAUUCUAUUUGGUGGAGGGAUGUGAUCCAAAACGAUUUAAAUCCUGAUAUCUUUGAUGAAGGUUUCUCUGGUUGUGUGAAAAGCAUUUUAAACAAGGGAGACAACAUUCUUUUUUGGCAUAGUAUUUGGUUGGGAGAUCAAACUCUUCGCGGAAUAUUCCCGGAAUUGUAUGAUAGAUCAACCAAAAAACUGUGCACGGUGGAGCAUAUAUCGCAAUUCAUGGAUGGCGUUGAUUUGUGGAACUGUUCUAAGCUUUUUGCAGAGGCGGAAAUCGCUGCCAGCAACUCUGUUCUGCAUCUAUCUACAGCCGAAGCUGCUGCUGGUGCGGACUCAGUGGGGCUGCAGUCGCAGGCUGCGGUGCUGGCCCAGUCCCUGCACGACUACUGGCAGCAGGUUAUGAGGGAUCAAAACGCGGAGGACUUACAUGUUUGGAUUCUGAAUGGGAACGACGAGUUUUCGGUCUCGAGCUUAACAAGCUUAUCGGAGGAUAACUCAGACUUCGCUUGGACUAUGGACAAGGUAAACAAUAUGAGAGUCAUUUGGAACCCGUCGUUACCACUUAGAAUAAAGGUGGUCUCUUGGAGAUUUUUUGCUGAAAGAAUUCCUGUCAAAGACCUUAUGCUACAGCGGGGUGUUUCCAAUUUUCCAACGUAUGAUUGCGUUUUUUGUUCGGCUCAACCGGAAAGUUUGAAACACUUGUUUUUUGAUUGUUUGAUCUCUAAAGAGGUGUGGAAAAGAAUAUUUAUUUGGAUGGGAGAAGCUAGCCAUAUUUAUUUUCAAGAUUUCAUGUGUUUUGAGUCUAUUCAAAACAAGGUGAAGAAUUCCAAAAUCAAGGCCUCGAUUAAUGUUAUUUGGAUAGCCACUGUUUGGAGCUUGUGGAUAAUGAGAAAUUCUAUUAUUUUCGAGGAUAAAUCGUAUAGCUUUGAUGAGGUGUUUUCUAAUACUUUGUUUCUCUCUUGGAGAUGGUUAGGUUUAUCUCAUAAAUUAGCUCAGGAUAGUUUUUAUGUCUGGUACAAGAGACCUUUGGAUUGUUUCAAGUGUAAUUAG